AUGCAUAAUACAAUUGAAUAUUCCAAAUCUUAUAAGGCUUCUCGUGAAUUUAAUGAGAUACGUGACGUUCCUGAAUCACAUUAUGUAUGUCAAUGGUGGAUACAACAGUUCGACCAAAUAAAAGUUGAAAAAAGCUCAAAUACAUUUAUUCAAUUUAAGAAGAAACAUCGUGAUCAUAUCAGAUGGAAUGAUGCAUUAUUACCAUUUCGGCGUUCAGGUUUAUGGAUGACCAUAAAAGUAGUAUUUCAUACAAUUCUAAUCAAACGUUUGGGACAUGUGGGUACAAUUGCUUAUAAGUUGUUAAUUACUCACUUUCUUACUCAUAUCAUUAAUAAAAGACAUGUUAGUAGUACAUCCACUGAUUUAUUAGUUCAUUGUAUUCGAAAAAUUCUACGAAGAUUAAAUAAAAUUGAAAGUUUACUUUCGUCUAUAGAAUCAAAUCAUAUGAUGGAAUGGUUUCGAUAUAUGAAACAUGAAAUACAAAUGAAAGUAGAUGAAGUUCUUCCAAAGCCAAAUUUACUAAAUUUCAUUCAGAUGAAUGAACACUGGAGCCAGCCGUUAUCACUAAAUACUAUAAAAUUUAAUGAUCCUGAGAUAUAUCAAUAUUCAUGUUUACAAUUGAAGGCAUAUCUGAAUAAUAACAAUUCAAAUGAAACAUGUGAAUUAUUCUCAGGUUUUAGAUAUAAUGGUAUUCGCACGAAUUUUAAUGAUGAAGAUUAUAUACCGUCGUAUAAUAUUUUAAUAAAGCAAAUGAAUUAUACAAUUGCAACAUGUUUGACUUAUAUAGAAAUUUGGGUGGAAUUCCGUCUAGAACAAUGGAUAAACCGACCAUCACUAAUCAUAAAUGCAAAGAAUCGUUUCGAAAUUUUAUUGAAUUUUUUUGAUGACUAUCAAAAGGAGGCAUUGAAUUACUAUUGGCUAAAAGAUAGUGCAACAGAUCCGAUUGGUUAUAGUCGAUUUAUUCUAACAUCAUUAACAAUUAUUUGUUGCAUACAUAAAAAAUUAUGUCAAGAUAAAAGAUUUGAACGUUUGCAGUUUCAUUCUUUACACAUUCCAAAUAUUUUAGAGCUCUUCGAAUUCUUAGUUUUACCAAACCGAGAAGAUAUGAUCAGAGCACACAAUCUUUACAUUUAUUUUACUGAAUUCAAUAAUAGAUUAUAUCCUGAUCUUUUAAGCAAUAUAGAGUCUAACAAUGCUUUCGGGGUAUAUUUUGCGUAUCAUUCACCACAAAUGAAUGAUGCAAUACAACGCAUUCGAAUUGAAGCUGAACAGGAUAAACAAAAUAAAAUAAAAGAAGUAAACAAUGCAAAGGAAAAAUAUAAGCAAUUAAUGAAUGUAGUACAUAAUACUUCUUGUGAUUAUACUAACAAUCGUCAUAAGAUGAAACGAUGUCAACGAUGUAAAACCUUAAAAGAAGCGAACCAAAUUAAAGUAAAAGUAUACGAAUGUCCAAUGCCAUUGGCACAUGAAAGCGCAUUAGCUGUUAUUUUUGAAUUACAAAUGCCCAUUGAAAUACGAUGUUAUCGAGAUAUCAUUUGGCAAUUUACGAAUCGUUCUAAUUCACACCUAGAAAAUUGUAUGUAUGAAUGGUUGAAUGUUCCUUCUCAUGGUAGUAAAUUAAAAUCGUUCUGUACCGGUUUUAAUAAUCACAAAGUUAGAUUAGUAUCUUCUACGAAGUCUAUUAGUCAAACUCAUUACUCUACUCCACCAUCAAUUGCACACACAUCUAUUGAAGGUUUUCUAUUCGAAAAUAGUCUGAAGAUUCAGAUUUCACCGACGAAACCAAUUGGAUUCGAAGAUGAAGUUCGUAUAUUGACGCCCCAGCUUAAUCAUCCAGAUUACAAACAAUUACAAUUUACUGUAAGCACUACACAAUUUGUUCAAAAUGAUGUGAUUGCUCAAUUAUCUAAUUAUUCAACACGUUUGAAACCUUCACAGAUUAUAGAAUUCGGUUCAUUUCGUUCAGGUCAUCGUUUACAAUGGUGGAAUCUUUUGACAAUUCUUGAAAUGGACUCAUUAUCUUUUGCUGAAGAGAGUGUAGCAAUACUUAUUAUACAUUCAAUAUUACAAUAUGGUCCAUUGAUUUCAGAAUCAAAAACUUUCUCUGAAUCUUGGUGUCCAGAAUCACACCAACAAUUGUUAGAAGAUCAUUUUGUCAACGAAUUAAUCGUAAGAUUGAAUCAUCAUUUAGAUGAUUGUCAAUUGAAUUGGCAAAAUGAAUUGGUAUUAGUUGUCAUUACGAUGAGAAUUUUAAGCAUUUGUAAUACAAAUAUGGAAAAUAAAACUGUUAAUUUAAUACUAAAAUGUCGUAAAAUUGGUGAGAAAUCCCAGGUCGAAAAGUACCGGCCAGUUCCCGCAGGAAAACACCGAAAAUAG